GUGCGCGUUGUUCGACGUCGACGUGUUACUACCAACUUGCUGGCGGCCACCGCUCCGCCGCCGGAUACCGGGCAUAUUCUUCCCCCACCCCGUGCGCCUACCCCGUUGCCCGUCGCGCGCUAUCUUUUUUCCCCGCGGCAUAUCUCUCUCUCGCACUCUCGAGCCGAAAUCGUAGUGUCGCUCGCGCGCCAGUUGGCCGUUUGUCUGACACAGGGAGGUCAUAGCCGUCCACGAUCGAACCGAAGCUACCGUAGGUCGUCGGUUAUUGUUGAACUGUGCUGCGAGAACUGUCAAAUUGUGUCAUCAUGCUGUCAAACGCGAAUCGAUUUUCCUUGGCCACGCGAAUCGGAAUUCAAAGUUUGUGUUGCCGAAGCAUUGGAUCUGUUACUCUUCCUAAAAUUAAGGAUUUUACUGUAGAAAAUGAACCACUUUUAGAAUACUUACCAGGUAGUAAAGAACGUAAAGAAAUAGAAGCCGAAUUAAAAAGAUUAUCUGAUAAUGUAGAAGAUGUUCCAAUUAUUAUUGGUAAUGAAAAAAUCAAGACUAAAGAUAUUAGGUAUCAAGUUAUGCCUCAUAAUCAUGGCAAAAAAAUCGCAAAAUUUUACUAUGCAUCAUCUGAUUUAGUAACAAAAGCAAUUAAAGUUUCUACAGAAGCUCAAUUAAAAUGGGAUACUGUUCCUUUAGAAGAAAAAAUAAGUAUUUGGCUUAAGGCCGCUGACUUAAUGGCAACAAAAUAUCGAAUGAAAUUAAAUGCAGCUACUAUGCUGGGUCAAUCAAAAACUGUUAUUCAAGCUGAAAUAGAUGCUGCUGCUGAAUUAAUUGAUUUCAUCAAAUUAAACGCAUUUUUCGCCAAGGAAUUGACACAUUACCAACCAAUAAGCGAAAAUAAAAAGGUUACUUUAAAUAGUUUACGUUAUAGAGGCCUUGAUGGUUUUGUUGCUGCUGUGUCUCCUUUUAAUUUUACUGCGAUUGGUGGUAAUUUAGCAUAUACUCCAGCUUUAAUGGGAUGUUCUGUUGUAUGGAAACCUUCAGAUACAGCUAUUUUAUCCAAUUGGGUGAUCUAUGAAAUAAUGACUGAAGCAGGAGUUCCAGCUGGUGUAGUUAAUUUUGUCCCUGCUGACGGUCCUGUAUUUGGUGAUACAGUUACAGCUUCUCCAUAUUUGUCAGGCAUUAACUUUACUGGAUCAGUUCCAACAUUCAAUCGCUUAUGGUCUCAAGUUGGUGAAAAUAUAAAUAAUUAUAAGAACUUCCCAAGAUUGAUUGGUGAAUGUGGUGGUAAAAAUUACCAUUUUAUACAUCCAUCAGCGGAUGUGACAUCUGUUGUUACCGGCACCAUUCGUUCUGCAUUUGAAUAUUGUGGUCAGAAGUGUUCAGCAUGCUCCAGAAUCUAUGUUCCUGAAUCAUUAUGGCCUAAAAUUAAAGAAGGAUUACUUGACCUCCGUAGUAAGUUGAAAAUUGGAGAUGUUGCUGAAUUUGAUUCUUUUUCUUCAGCAGUUAUUGAUGAUAAAGCAUUUAAUCGUAUUACUGGAUAUAUUGAACAUGCAAAGAAAUCUCCUAAUUUGGAAAUAAUUGGUGGAGGACAGUAUGAUAACAGUAAAGGGUAUUUUAUACAACCAACCAUAGUUGUGACUAAAGAUCCGUUGGAUAAAAUUAUGACAGAAGAAAUCUUUGGACCUCUCUUAACUGUUUAUGUUUAUAAGGACUCUGAGAUUGAUAAGACUGUUGAUCUUGUUCAAAGUUCUACACCAUUUGCAUUAACUGGAGCUGUAUUUUCUCAGGAUAAAAACUUUUUGAAAAAAUCUCUUGAAACCUUGAAAUACUCGGCUGGUAAUUUUUACCUAAACGAUAAGUCAACUGGUUCUGUAGUAGGACAACAACCAUUUGGUGGAAGCAGAAUGUCAGGUACUAAUGACAAAGCUGGUGGUCCCCACUAUAUUUUACGAUGGACGUCACCUCAGUCAGUCAAAGAGACAUUUGUACCUUUAACUGAAUGGAAAUAUCCUUACAUGAAUUAAAUUAUAUACAGAUUGGAAAAAGA